UCUGAUAAUAAUGCUAUAAUAUAAUAAAUUACACAUCCUAUUCCGAAUUUAAGUCACAAUAAUCACAAUGGCUACCCGAUUCGCCAAAGGCGAAGAUCCAACGGAGAUUUUACAAUUUAACUUCUUGGAUUCGGAAGGACGUAUCACCAAGGAAUCCAUUAAAUCGGCUUUAAAACCCCCAUAUCCUGCAAAGUAUUAUAUAAAUGUUCUUUUGAUGGUUAUAGCUUUACUCGUAUUUCUUCUUUGGAACUAUGGUAUCAUACAGGGAACGAAACUGGGAUUCUUCUGCAAUGAUCCUUUAUUUUCCCACAAAUACCGGGGGGAUACAGUAAUGCCCUGGAUGUUAGGUGUGGCACUGGGCAUUAUGCUACCAGGCUUGUAUCUUACAGUAGAAUGGAUUAGGCAAAGCAAUUUCGAGGCUGUAUUCAGCAUAGAGCACAUUUUUGAAUUCUAUGUAUAUUUCAAGCAUUAUAUGAUUGGGCUUGUAAUUGUUGCAGGAGUCACAGAAUUAGCAAAAACCAUAGUAGGGGAGCACAGGCCCCAUUUUUUCGACACUUGCAGGCCGGAUACGAAUCUCAAUUGCACCAAUGGAACGUACAUCUUCGACUACACCUGUACUAAUAAAAAUGUUGCAAUGCUGGAUUGGGUUGAUGCUUCCAGAUCGUUUCCUAGUGGACAUUCAUCGAUCAGUUGGUUCACAGCUAUUUUCUGUGCA